AAAACGUUUCUUCAUCCCCGAUAUAAUAUACAGACGCAGAGAGAGCGACAAAGACAGAGACGCAAGGGUAGAAUGGGAAAUCAGAAGCAAAAAUGGACACCGGAGGAGGAGGAAGCGUUGCUUGCCGGAGUUGCCAAGCACGGUCCCGGAAAGUGGAAGAACAUUCUCCGGGAUCCCGAUUUCGCCGCUCAGCUCACCCAUCGUUCCAACAUCGACCUCAAGGAUAAGUGGCGUAACUUGAGUGUUGCCCCUGGUACCCAAGGUUCAAAGGAUAAGAUACGGACACCUAAACUCAAAGCUGCAGCUGCUGCUGUUAUGGCUGCAGCUGCUGCUGCCGCUACUGGUACUGCAACCCCCACUACUCAUUCUUCCCCGGCUGCUUCCCUUCCACAUAGUGCGUCUUCUGAUUUGAGCAUGGAUGAUAACUCUUUAAACGUUUCUGUGGAUGCGAAGAAUACUCCAAGGUACGAUGGGAUGAUAUUUGAAGCUCUUUCUUCCGUAUCAGAUGCAAAUGGGUCUGAUAUCAGUGCUAUUGUCAGUUUCAUUGCGCAGAAAAAGCAUGAGGUGCCGCUAAAUUUUAGAAGGAUCCUUGGCUCGAGAUUGAGGAGGCUCGCUGCUCAGGGGAAACUUGAAAAGGCGCAGAGCUUCUAUAAGAUAAGCGAUCCAUCUGGAACAAGAUCACCAGCCCAAAGACAGAAAGAGACCAAUCUGAAACAUCGGCAAUCCAACAGUCAGAGCCCGGCUGUUUCUCAGGAGAUGGUGGAGGAAGCUGCAAUAACCGCGGCCUAUAAGGUGGUGGAGGCGGAGAACAAAGUGGACGUGGCCAAGGGAGCAGUGGAAGAGUUGGAGAGGAUGACCAGAAUGGCAGAAGACACUGAAGUCUUUCUAGAGAUUGCGAAAGAGAUACACGAACGAUGUUCUCGUGGAGAGGUUGUGCUCUUGGCUUGAGUGGUGCCUGGUGUUUAUCCGAAGCAAAGGAAACGGUCUCUCCGAUUCAUCUGUCAGUGUUGUAGGCAUAUCAUAUUUAGUAUAAAUAAUGUAAUAUAAUAUCUGAGAUUAGCUAGCGUUUUUUUGUUGUCCUUUCGUUCUGACAAAUUUCGAACAUUCUUCAUAGGUCCUAACCUCUAAACCAUCAAAUUUGUGUGCAAAAAUAUAUCUCCAGGAGUCUAGAAUUUGAUGACAA